AAUUACAGAACGAAGAGUUUAACCAUCGCGGAGCAAAACAUUCACCUUAUUGGAGUUUAUAAUAAUACAAUUGUUAUAUUUGUUUAAGAAUUAGUUUGGAAGAAAAGUCACAAUGGCUCCAACGAUUCAAACACAAGCACAGCGGGAGGACGGACAUCGGAGCUCGUCACACAGAACGGUACCAGAGAGGUCAGGUGUGGUGUGCCGGGUGAAAUACUGCAACAGCCUCCCUGAUAUCCCGUUCGACCCAAAGUUCAUCACGUAUCCCUUCGACCAACACAGGUUUGUUCAGUACAAAGCCACUUCACUCGAGAAACAGCACAAACACGACCUGCUCACAGAACCCGACCUGGGCGUGACCAUCGACCUCAUUAACCCCGACACAUACCGCAUAGAUCCUGACAUUGUUCUGGAUCCUGCUGAUGAGAAACUUCUGGAAGAAGAGAUCCAGGCUCCCACCAGCUCCAAGAGGUCGCAGCAGCAUGCUAAGGUGGUACCAUGGAUGAGGAGGACUGAGUACAUCUCCACAGAGUUCAACAGAUACGGAGUGUCCAACGACAAAGUGGAGGUCAAGAUCGGCGUGUCGGUUAAGCAGCAGUUUAAGGAGGAGGAGAUCUACAAGGACAGAGACAGUCAGAUCACCGCCAUCGAAAAGACCUUCGAGGAUGCUCAGAAAAACAUCGCUCAACACUACAGCAAGCCGAGAGUCACACCGGUGGAGGUUCUGCCCGUCUUCCCCGACUUUAAGAUGUGGAUAAACCCCUGUGCUCAGGUCAUCUUCGACUCGGACCCCGCUCCUAAAGAGGUCCCCGGCUCGGCCGCCGUGGACAUGAUGUCACAGGCCAUGAUCAGAGGAAUGAUGGAUGAGGAAGGGAACCAGUUCGUGGCGUACUUCUUACCCAACGAGGAGACCCUGCGCAAACGGAAGAGGGACGUGGAUGAGGAGCUGGACUACAUGCCUGAUGAUCUGUAUGAUUAUAAGAUAGCGAGAGAGUACAACUGGAACGUGAAGAACAAGGCCAGCAAAGGUUACGAGGAGAACUACUUCUUCAUCUUCAGAGAUGAAGACGGUGUUUACUACAACGAGCUGGAGACCAGAGUGCGCUUGAGUAAGAGAAGAGCGAAGGCCGGCGCUCAGUCCACCACCAACGCUGUGCUGGUCUGCAAACACAGAGAUAUGAACGAGAAAGAACUGGAAGCACAGGAGGCUCGAAGAGCUCAGCUGGAGAACCAUGAACCAGAAGACGAGGAGGAGGACCUGGACAAAGACACUCAUGAAUCUGGUGAUGAGAAGGAGAAAGGCAGCGAGAGCGAGAACUCCGACAGCGGUUCCGAGCAGGACGAGGACGAGGAGCGGCGCAGCGAGAACGAGGAAGGCGAGAACGUCGGAGACGAGGGACGGAAGGCGAGCGGCAGCGAGAGCGGCGAUGACCGACAGGCUCGGGACGAGGAGGAGAUCUUCGGCAGCGACGACGGCAGCGACGAGGAGGACGAGGACGGGGACGGGGGCAGACGGAGGAGCGGGAGCGAGGACGAGGACGCGGGGAGGGCGAGCGGAAGGUCCUCGCCCGCUCACAGCAGCAGCGGUCAGUCUCAGGAGGGGGGGGCGCAGAGCGGCAGUGACCGAGGCUCCGACUCCAGCGACGCCAGCGACAGCGACUGAGAGACUGAAAUCCUCAGCGCCGUGUGUCCUGCGUUUUACACUCGUCUUUAUUAAACUGUUCACCGUAGCAAAGACGAAUAUGAAACAGAUUUUGGGAAGGACGGGGUUCCUUCGUUCCCCAGAUUCAAUUCUAGUCACUAGAACGAACAUUUUAGUGUUUUUGCAAGACAGAUGUUCUUCAGUGCAUCAAAUACCUUCUUAAUUUCCUAACAGUCAUUCUUUCCUUGUGUCACACUGUGCUGUCGGGUUCCUAAAACCUUCCCACACAUGAGGAAAUGAAUUCAACUGAAUGACGUGGUGCACAACAGUGCUGACUUCUCAAACUCGUACAGCCAAUUCUAACCUUACCAGCCCGGGUGUCCAUACGAGGGUCUCUGUGCAGCACCACCGAUCAGCCAGCAGAGGAUGCAACUGCAGCAGGAGUUUCCUCUGGUGGAAUCAUUUACAUAAUAUUUACAUUUACUGGAUGCUUUUAUCCAAAGCAACUUAUAAUUAUCACUAAAUACAAUUCAAGCAAUGUAGGGUUACGGGCCUUGCUCAGGGGCCCAACAGUUGAACCAGCAAUCUUCUGAUUACUAGUCCAGUACUUAACCUUGUUGCCCUAAUGAACUUUGGACUCUGUAUGACGGAUCUCAUUUUGUACACGUCGAUCAGAAAUGCAGCGAUGAGACUAAUAAAUGUCACAUUUAUGCUUUAAAGGGUAAUUAAAGUUUUUAAUAGUUGAUGUCAGAAGCAACAGAACCUUUUUUUUUGUCUGAUGAAGCUUUAUUCCUUUUUUAUUGUCAGUAAAACCUUCACCAACACAUCAGUGAUGCUCAUUUCUUUCUUCUUUAUUAUAUUCCAAAGGUCAUGAUCUCACUUGUGGACUUUUUGUUUGUUUGUUUGUUAGUUUUUAAGGGAAGUUUCAUCACAGUGAAGAAAAAACUGCUGUAAAUAAAGUCAAAUGAUUUUCUUACGUUUGUGUCAGAUCUUGUAUUUUUUAUUCAGGUCGUUUAGACCAAACAUGGACCGGUUGGUUUUUAAACCCUGUAUUGUACAGAUAUUAAAGAAAUGUUUUAUUUAGGUUUUAUUGCGCAGAGGUCCGUUAGAUCCAGGUUCAAAUCUCAGAUGGGCUG